GUGGAAGGGAUAGAAACCGAGGCUGAGGCAGCAAUCAAUGCUGCUGCCGUCACCCGGCCGUAGUGCAUCCCUCUGAGCCCACCUGCCGUGGGUGCCUCCUUGAUUCCCGAGGGGCUCUGGGAGCCCUGAGGGGCGAAGCGACAGGGACGCCUCUCUUAAGAGGCGACGUCGCAGCCCCGGAUGCGGCCAGAGGGCGCGGGAAUGGAGCUUGGCGGCUGCGAGGAGGGCUUGCCGGAGGAGAGCAGGAGGGAGCACUGGCAGUUGCUGGGUAAUUUGAAGACUACUGUGGAGGGUUUAGUGUCAGCCAACAGCCCCAAUGUCUGGUCCAAGUAUGGUGGCCUGGAGCGGCUUUGCAGAGACAUGCAGAGCAUCCUCUAUCAUGGGCUCAUCCAUGACCAGGUGUGUUGCCGCCAGACUGAUUACUGGCAGUUUGUGAAAGACAUUCGCUGGCUCAGUCCCCACUCAGCCCUUCAUGUGGAGAAGUUUAUCAACUUGCAUGAGAAUGGCCAGAGCGGCACGGAUGGCGUGAGUGAGCGUGCCGUGGCUGAGCUGUGGCUGCAGCACAGCCUGCAGUGCCACUGCCUCUCAGCCCAGCUCCGACCUCUGCUGGGGGACAGACAGUACAUCAGAAAAUUCUACACAGAUACUGCUUUCCUGCUAAGUGAUGCCCACGUCACAGCCAUGCUCCAGUGCCUGGAAGCAGUGGAACAGAACAACCCUCGCCUGCUGGCUCAGAUCGAUGCUUCUAUGUUUGCCAGAAAGCAUGAGAGCCCACUCCUGGUGACAAAGAGCCACAGCCUGACAGCUCUGCCUGGUUCCGCAUCUACCCCUUCAACCAACAGUGCUCAGCAUUCCUACUUUGGGUCCUUCUCCAGUCUCCACCAAAUCCCCCACCACAACUUAGAAAGAAGAUCUACUUCCUUUUCACUCUCUGGCCCGCCCCGAAAACCUCAAGAAAGCAGAGGGCAUGUCUCAGCAGCAGAGGAUCAAACCGUCCUAGACCCUCUGCUUCCAGUCACUGCAUUAGCCAAGGACUCCCCCUCGACCCCCAAUGAGAUGAGCUCCAGCACUCUGACCAGCCCCUUGGAAGCAUCCUGGGUCAGCAGCCAGAAUGACUCCCCAAGUGAUGCCAGCGAGGGGCCUGAGUACCUGGCCAUUGGCAACCAGGACCCCCGGGGCCGGACCGCCAGCUGUCAGAGUCACAGCAGCAAUACCGAGAGCAGCAGCUCCAACUUGUUCUCCUCCAGCAGCUCUCAGAAGCCAGACUCUGCUGCUUCUUCUCUAGGGGACCAGGAGGGAGGUAGGCAGAGCCAGUUGUCCAGUGUCCUUCGCAGAUCUAGCUUCUCAGAGGGGCAAACGCUCACUGUCACCGGAGGAACAAAGAAGAGCCAUACUCGCUCCCAUUCGGACACCAACAUUGCCUCCAGAGGAGCCCCAGGAGGCCCCAGGAAUAUCACCAUUAUAGUUGAAGAUCCCAUUGCAGAAUCCUGCAGUGAUAAGUCGAAGUUGAGAGGCCCCUUGUCCUACUCUGGUCAAAGCAGUGAAGUCAGCACACCCAGCUCUCUGUACAUGGAGUAUGAGGGCAGUCAGUACCUGUGUUCAGGAGAAGGCAUGUUCCGAAGACCAUCAGAAGGACAGUCCCUUAUCAGCUACCUGUCUGAGCAAGACUUCGGCAGCUGUGCAGACCUGGAAAAGGAGAAUGCCCACUUCAGUAUAUCAGAGUCCUUGAUCGCUGCCAUCGAGCUGAUGAAGUGCAACAUGCUGAGCCAGUGCCUAGAAGAGGAGGAAGGGGAGGAGGACAGUGACAGGGAGAUCCAGGAACUGAAGCAGAAGAUCCGCCUUCGUCGCCAGCAGAUCCGCACCAAGAACCUGCUCCCCGGGUACCAGGAGAUGGAGCAUGGAAGCUUUCGGCUCACUUCCAGCAGCUCCCAGUUCAGUUCACGUGAUUCAGCACAGUUCUCUGACUCUGGCUCUGCCGAUGAUGAGGUUGAUGAAUUUGAAAUCCAAGAUUCUGACAUCAGAAGGAGCACGCCCUCCAACAGCAAAUCCUUCAUUUCCUCUCAGUCCUUCUCCCACUGCUUCCUGCACUCCACGUCUGCUGAGGCAGUGGCCAUGGGGCUCCUGAAGCAGUUUGAGGGGAUGCAGCUCCCCGCCGCCUCGGAGCUGGAGUGGCUCGUUCCAGAGCACGAUGCCCCUCAGAAGCUCCUGCCCAUCCCUGACUCACUGCCCAUCUCCCCAGAUGAUGGGCAGCAUGCUGACAUCUACAAGCUGCGUAUCCGCGUUCGCGGCAACCUGGAGUGGGCGCCACCCCGGCCACAGAUAAUUUUUAAUGUUCAUCCAGCCCCAACGAGGAAAAUUGCCGUGGCCAAGCAGAACUACCGCUGCGCAGGUUGCGGCAUCCGGACUGAUCCUGAUUACAUCAAGCGGCUGCGGUACUGUGAGUACUUGGGCAAGUACUUCUGUCAGUGCUGCCACGAGAAUGCCCAGAUGGUUAUCCCCAGCCGCGUUCUGCGCAAGUGGGAUUUCAGCAAGUACUACGUCAGCAAUUUCUCCAAGGACCUGCUCAUUAAGAUCUGGAACGACCCUCUCUUCAAUGUGCAGGACAUCAACAGUGCCCUCUAUAGGAAGGUCAAGCUGCUCAAUCACGUCCGGCUGCUGCGGAUCCAGCUCUGUCACAUGAAGAACAUGUUCAAGACCUGCCGACUGGCCAAAGAGCUUCUGGAUGCCUUUGACACCGUUCCAGGCCACCUGACGGAGGAUCUCCACCUGUACUCACUGAAUGACCUGACUGCCACCAGGAAGGGGGAGCUGGGGCCCCGGCUUGCUGAGCUCACCAGGGCAGGGGCUGCCCAUGUAGAGCGAUGUGUGCUCUGCCAAGCCAAGGGCUUCAUCUGUGAGUUCUGCCAGAAUGAAGAUGACAUCAUCUUCCCCUUUGAGCUCCACAAGUGCCGGAUCUGUGAAGAGUGUAAAGCAUGCUACCAUAAAACUUGUUUCAAGUCUGGGAGCUGUCCCCGCUGUGAGCGGCUGCAGGCCCGGAGGGAGCUGUUGGCCAAGCAGAGCCUGGAGUCCUACAUGUCUGACUACGAGGAGGAACCCACCGAGGCCUUGGCCCUGGAGGCCACCGACCUGGAAACCACCUGAGAAAGCACGGAAAGCGCUCUUUCUAGGGGCGAGGGUCACAUAUAGUGCAGAACUGAGCCACCCUCCUAAGGACUUUCCCCACUUGGUUUUUUCUUUUUUUUUUUUAACUUAUCAUCAUUAUUAAUUUUUAUGAUCUGUCUAAUGUCCAUGUGUAUUCAAUCUUAUAUAGGUUGGUGGGGUCCAGUCUGUUGUGACAAUUUGCAGGUACCAAGCAUUUCCAUCAGAGCUGACACAUGGGUCCCUAAGUGAAGCUUCCAGUGCCUCUGUUAGGGGAAUGAACAAUGAGACCCAAUUCUUCCGACAUCCAUGGCCUUCUCCACUUGGACCAGAUCUGGUUUCAGCUGCAUCUCAAGAAUCAUUUCCAGUUUUAUUUUGUUUUAAUUCUGGAGCUUCUGAGCCAGGCAUUUCUCAGUGAACUCACUUCUCCUUUGCUGCUGAAACAGGAGGGUGGAGUUUUCUCUCUCCCAGUCCUGGAACAGGGUCAGACCCUGAGGAGAAGCAUCAGAGAAUGGGACUGCGCCAUGGGCAUUCUUAUAUAGGUGCUUCUGAGGCCAUAAAAACAGCGUUACUGCUACCUUGGACUCUUCAGACACGUCGAAGAGGCAGUCAUAACUUUCUUGUAUUUAGGCAUAGAUGAUAUCACCGGCUGACUUUCUUUAUCUACCCUGGGGGACUUGACACAAAGACCAGAACUGAUACUUAGACCAGGACUAUUUCAAGCAUAAGUGAGGCCACAACUCUUGUUUAAGGAGCAUUUGUUUCGUCAGAGGAGCUGUUGGCCUCCUCUUGGGUGAUAAGGUCCCUUUCAGUCAACAUAGCUCUGGUGCAGGUGUGACCUCUCAAGCUCAGACAAGUCCCUGGUGCCAUCUUAAAGUGAGGACAGAAGCCCAUCCAGCAUCUCAUCCAUGAGUCUCUUGCCACUCUGUCCUGUCAGGAGGUCACUGCAGUUCUGAGUAGAAGCCUGGCCCAGCUCCAUGCUCUCCGUUCCCUCCUGCAGUGGGGCUGGGACCCUCCCCAGCGGCUGAGCUCCUAGCUUAGUUUAUUUUGUCAAAGUUGAGAUGAAAGCUUCCUGCUAUUAGUGGUGUUAAAAGACUUGAUAGUUUGUGGCUGUGAGCAUGAAUGUUCCUGUGUUCUUAUGAUAACGAGAACCUUUAUGCCAAUUAUGCACUUAAUUCUUUAGCCUCGUGAUGGUAGUAUAUGCAGUCAUCCUUAUUACUAAUUUUAACACACACCCACACUCUUUUUUAAUGUGUGUUUUGAUGGGAAAAGUUUUUGAAGGGACCGUAUAUAUGUCUGUGGCAUUCUUUAAGUUGCUGUAGCUCCUGACCAGUAUGUAAAGCACUGGUCAGGGUCACAGCUCCAAGGGCUGGCAGCUCUGUGAACUAAAGCCCACAGCAUUUUAGUUCUGGGACUGACUGCUUCCUGGGUGCCUGUCUUCCCAUAGUUGGUUGCUAGUAGGAAAAAACCUGCUGUGGGUGCUGCCCCGGGAAGCUGAACAGAAAGUUGCACGUGGUUGGUGGAAGCUGCUGAGUGUCUGAGUCAGAGGCAACCAGGAGUGUCACUGGAAGUAGUAGGGGCAGUAAAGUAACAGAGCUGAGGCUCCCCCAGGACAGGAGGGAGCGGGAAGAAGCUGACGUCUGGCACUGGUCCCUCUGCCUCAGACUUGGGAUCUGAAGGCCUUGUCAGGCUGGAAGACCCUGAGGCUGUUUUCCCUUCAGUUCACGGCAGGGGCAGAGGAGCUGGGAAAGCCAAAGCCUCCAGCCCAGCCCAGUGUUGAAGGGCAGACUAGAAACUGCCUGGUCCAUCAAGGAGCUUCAGAAUGACGUGAAACUCUAGUCUCGCUGAGAAUUAGGCCUCAGAUUCAGACUAAGGUGUUUGUGAAAAUGAUGAGCUCUACUUCCAGUUCUGGUUUAAAUUGAAAAUCCAGCUCCUUACUCCAAGGCGCUACACUGGAGGAGAGAUGUCCUCUUGUUACUGUCGUGCGUGUUUCAUGUAACAUAGGAUGAAAGGACGGAAGACGCUGACACUUUCUAAAGCCGACCUCAGCAAUCUCAUGUGCUCCUGGGUUUUCACUUUUUUUUCUCCAGCUCCCCAACCCUAUCCCUCUAGGUUGCAUAUCUAUUUUAGUGACCCUGACACCAGAUACCAUUUAUUUAUUUAUUUGAGAGUAGGGGGAGAGAGGAAAGAGGAUGGGGUGUUUUGAAAGCACUUUGCAACUUAUUAGUAUCUGAAAAUCCCCGCUGUUGUGGGGAGAAGCUCCAAAUGCACUGAAGAGAGUUCCUUCUGAGAGAAAUAGGAGGGAAGAUGUGUUCUUUUCUAUAAAUAAAGGGAAAAAAGAGUUUGCUUGCAAGGUGGAGACAAGAUUCAAGACAUAGCAGAAGAGUGGAAGGCAGAUGUUUUCCACUUAAAUGAGGCUGUUAUUAACUCUACCAAGGCUUUAGAGCUUUUGUUGAAUUCACAUAAAAGGAGCAAGAGUCUAAAUAGAUGUUCGUGUGUGUACAACUCGUGUUCCAAACUGAGUUUCUACUUGCUGUAAUUCAUACACAGCCUAACAUUUCAUUGUCAUCUUUAAUAAACUAAGGAGAUGAAA